AUGACAUUCGAUGUUCCACGCAGACUGGCGGUGAAGAGCAAUGGAACCGAGAAGCCCAAGACCAAUGCCGUUUCCGAUGUUACACGCGGGUUCGCGGUGAUGAGCGUUACAGAGGAAAUUGCAAGGGUUGAAUUGCUCGCCCUGUACUCUUACCAGAACGCCUUCUGGAUAAAAAACUUCCCUGGCGUCUGUGACAGGCCGUCCGUAGAUGCUAUUCGUAAGCAAGCCGUUGAAAACUGGAAAUUAUUUAAUGAUUCGGACAAGGCCCCUUAUAUAGCCAGGGCACAUGUCAACAAAAUACGCAUCGCUAAGGCCAACGAGUUCAAGAAGACACUGAAGUUGACGCGCCUGAUGACGAACAAGCUGAUGAAUCUGAAAAUGUGAACACACAAGAUCUCUAAGAUGUUUUUGAAUAGAAAUCUCUCCAUAUAUCACACAACCAACUCCACUACCUGAUUCCGUAUGGGCCGGCACUUGGAGGGUUCAGAUGCAAUUGCAAGUUCAAGCUGCCAUAUGGACAACACUAGUAUUAAAUAUGUUUCUGCUCCUAACUUUAGAUGUUGAACACCUUUUGCAUAUUGUGAUGUGAAUCAUGUGAUACGGCUAAAAAUUGGACUAA